GGUUGGGGAGUAAAGUGUGCAUCAGAGCGUCCGGGCAGAGUAAGAGGCGACAUGGAGCUGGCUUGACGUCCGACAUCCACUCAGGAUGGACCAAACCGGUACCUCAGCGGUGGAAAACGGAACCUUCCCGCACUUCCCUCCAACAUCCGUCCCCGGAUCGUCAUCAGGAUCGGCGGUGGCGUCUCUGAGUCGAGCUGGCGGCGUUUCCGUGUACGUGUGGCUGUUCCUGGGCCUUCUGCUGUUCCUGCUCAGCCUGCUGGUCAUCGCUCUCCAUAGGCUGAAGAAUAUCAUCUCGUCCUCGUCCUCUUGCUCCUCAUCCUGCGGCGAGCCUCGGAGCACCUUCACCAACGUGGAGAUCUGCAGCGUCUCGUCUUCGCGGCGGUCCACCGUGUCUUCGCUGUGCGCCUGAGGCUCACACACACACACGGGAAAACACAUGCCAGGCCGCUGCAAAGACUUCUGGGAAAUGAAGGGGAACUGUCCAUUAAAGGGUAAUUAAAUGUUUGAAAAUGUUUUGUUUCACUGGCUUGUGUACACCGCCGUCACUUUCUGGAGGUAUAAAAAGCAGGAUGACAGAGGAUGACGUUCAAUGACACUGGUCAACAGAAAAUUUUAAUCAGAGAUGGUUUACAUGAAUUGACUUGACUGAGGCGCAUUCGUCGGCAUCUUUUCCGACCAAUCAUUCAUAUUUUUUCCCCCCUGACAAGAGAAAAAGAGCGAAAUGUGUUGCUUGUUCCAGAAGGCGUGUGAAAUGCAUCAAUUAAAAAGCGGAGUCAACAAAUUCUUUGCAUAAUUUAUUUUUCUUAUGAUUUUUUUUUCCCAACUCACACAUGUCAUAUUUUACAUCUUUGCAAUAAAACAUGAAUACAAUAGUU